GCUAACCCUGCCGGAGUUUCUGUAAGCAAAGCCAUCACCAAAAAAAUGAUGCUCGGAGAGCACCAUCGAGCGAAUCCAACCGUCCACGUCCCACCAUGGCCAACCCACGAUGAUCCAACGGCUGAGAUGUACUCUGCUUUCUUAUCAAACGACGUCAAUGCUGCCGAGUACUCUCCCUACUAUCUUCAAGAAGCGUUAACGGCGCUGCAGCGUUAUCUCCCCGCUAACGAAACUGAUGCUGACUCGGACUCGGAGGCUCAAACCGACGCGCCGGUCGACGCCUACUCCUGCGACCAUUUUCGCAUGUACGAGUUCAAGGUCCGUCGAUGCGCGCGUGGCAGGUCGCACGACUGGACCGAGUGUCCGUACGCGCAUCCCGGCGAGAAGGCUCGCCGCCGCGACCCGCGCAAGUUCCACUACUCCGGCGCGGCGUGUCCCGAGUUCCGCAAGGGAAGCUGCAAGAAAGGUGACACGUGCGAGUUCGCGCACGGCGUCUUCGAGUGCUGGCUGCACCCUGCGCGCUACCGCACGCAGCCGUGCAAGGACGGCACCAGUUGCCGCCGGCGCGUGUGCUUCUUUGCGCACACCCCUGAGCAGCUGCGCCUGGUGCCGAUGCAGAGUCCUCGCAGUUCGGGUGAGUCGUACGACGGUUCUCCGAUGAGACAGGUUCUGCAGUCUUCGGCGUUCAUGUCGUCUCCGGCGGCUUCUCUUUCUCCGCCGGAGUCUCCGCCCGUGUCCCCUUCUAUGAACGAGAUGGUGGCUUCUCUGCGUAAUCUGCAGCUUGGUAAGAUGAAGUCGAUGCCUCAUAACAGAAACGUUACUGUCGGGUCGCCGGGUUACGGGUCACCACGGGGUUCCGUGCUCCGACCCGGAUUCUGUAGUCUUCCCACAACACCAACUCAGCAACCGGGUCGGUCUGGGGUGAACUAUUUGGAUGUUUGGGAGCAGAGUGUUGAGGAGGAGCCAGUGAUGGAGAGGGUGGAGUCUGGGAGGGGCAUAAGGGCGAAGAUGUUUGAGAAGCUGAGCAAAGAGAACCCUCUGGAAGGGUCGGGUCAGGGAAGUGGGGCUCCGGAUGUUGGGUGGGUUUCGGAGCUUGUGAAGUGAAGAUUUAUUUUGGAUAAGGCGAGUAAGUAGCUGUAAAUAUGUUAUUUUGGUGGCAUGCAUGGGUGAAAUGAAAUGAAGUGAAGAGGAGGUUCUCUUUUUUGGGGGCAGUUUUUCUUGGAAAAUCAAGAAUUUCUAUAUGCCAUUGAUUUGGAAGAUGAAAUGAAAGUAUCCAUAACCUUUUGUAUAGCUAGCCUACUACUAUGGUUAAUUAUCUCGAUUAUGAUCUUCACUGGUGUGUCUUUUGAUGUUACCCCUUUCACUACUAAUCUCAUUCAUGUACAAAUGUAUAAUAUGUAGGAUUAUCCAAAUUGCUUAUGUAAUCUAUAUAUUUUAUCCAAAUUGUUUUGCUCCCUUGUGGAUUUAUUUAUCA